AUGGUCUCGGAUUUGGUGCUGAUCUGCAUCCUUACUGCUUCACACUCAGCUGCGAGCCUGUGCUCCACUCCUAUGUGCAACAACCAAUGCUGUCGCUUCGUGGAGCGCUUUCCUGGCAGACUUCGGAGGCUGAGAGAAGACUACGUGCAGAUCCGGGACUUCUACGAAGCAAACGAUGACCUGGACACUGCGCUGCUCGACCAGACCAUCGAGGACUCUUUUAAAACGCCGUUUGCCUGCCACGCUAUGAACAGCGUACUGGACUUUUACCUGGGGACGGUUCUGCCCGCGGCCAUCGCCGGGGUUUCGGACGACACCAAGGAGUUGAAACCUUACGUGGAGUCCAUCCAGAUCAUAUUCGAUGAGCUGAAAAGAGAUGUCACCAAAUGUAAGAAAUACUUUGCCUGCCAGAAGCAGUUUGACGUCCUCAAACUCAAUGCUACAUACAACCAGCUGGAGAAUAAAGGAGUGUACAAAGCCAUGGGCGAACUGGAUGUGCUCUUCAACUACAUCGAAUCCUAUCUGGCCUCUAAACGUCACAGGAACGACGAUCCGGUGCUUUCGUAA